ACACAAGGUAGGCUGCUAGCUGAGAGGAGGGCAGCAUGGCGGGGCUACAGGACUUCCAACAAGGCAGCCACUGUCACAGGAAAACGUGGAUCAAUAUACUACUUGGAAUACUACAGUUACUUUUACCCUGCGUACAGCACGGAGGGGCACAGCUGCAAGCUCUGAGUCAGAUGUCCACCAGCGUGGUCGAGGUCUGGCAACCAGAGGAUGCAGACCCAUUAGUCCCACUUCAGGUGGAGAAGGAACGACGAAAAGAUGGUCUUCCACUGGAUGACAGUUCCUCUCCAUAUACACGGGAAAAUGGGAGGCCUCUGCAUUUUCAGCCCCCAGCGUUGGAGUUUGGGACGCAACCGCUGGGGCUGGCGAGAGCUGAAACCAUAUAUAUACAGAACCCCAGCCAGGAAGAUCCUGUGACGCUGCUGUCAAUGUUUACAUCCAGCAGGCAUUUUUACAUACCCUUCUUUCACAGAAGAGUGAUCCCACCCAGAGGGAAGGCAUCUUUUAAACUAAUUUUCCUCCCGUCUGAGGAGGGCAAUGUAGAAAACACAUUAUUUAUAAACACAUCGGCCCAUGGGCUGCUGUCAUACCAGGUAUUUGGUGUGGGAGUUCACCAGGGUUCAUUAAAGUCUGUCCAAAGAAAGGAUAGUCUGCUAAUAUUCCCUCACAUCCAGAGCAUUAAGCUGACCCAAACUCAGGAAGAUGCCUCUAACAUCACUAUUCUGGGUCUACUCCUGGAGUGCAGCUUACCGAAGAGUUUGUUCAACAAUCCUCAGGGGUCCUGCCUCCAGAGUGAGGAGCGCCUCAGUCUGCAGAUUAAUCUGUCGGCGCGUGGUGACCGGCCCACUGACCUGGACAAGCUCAAGCCUUACGUCAUUGAGCACAUUUUGGUGCUGCUGGUGGCCCCCGCUGCUGGACAGGCUGCAGGAGGGGUACCAAAAAUAGGAGUUUAUAUGCUAAAUUCUGGAGGCAAGAAGCUCUAUGUAAAGGACAUGCAGGUGCUCUCAAAAGUGGAGGCCGGCCUGGACUUCAAUCAGGUUCUGCUGAGGCCGGAAGCAAAAAACUUCACUGAAGUGGCUGCACUAGCCUGCAGAGGUUCUUUGCCAGGCCACGAGAGGAAAUGCACAAGUCAUAUCAGUUUAAAAAUGCUGGGAAACCAGACAACACGCAGCUUUCCUGGACUACAUAUCGCACACAGACGGACCGAGGAGGAUUUGUUCAGCCUGUUUCAGGUGAAACAAAGCGGUGUGGACAAGGUGGACCUGUGGAUGACAAACUCCCUCCUCCUGCCCCUCACGGUGAAGAAUGCGAGCCUCUCACAGAAGCUGCAGGGAGUAUUGAAGGUGACGAACUUCAGCGGUCCACUGACAGUUCCACAGGGCUGCUGGCAUGUUCUGUCCCUCCAGCUGCUCAGCAGGGCGCUGCCUGUCAACGAGCUGUCCACUCUGAGUCUGGAUACCAGCCUGGGACAAGACUUGCACAUUCCUCUCUACUUCCACUCUAGUCCUUUCAAGGGGGAAGUGGUGUUUGAGGCAGAGCGAGAGUGUGGACGACCUUGUCCACUUAAAUUGUCUGAAACAGGUCGUUUAGAGUGGCAGCGUUCCCUCCUCCCAGACUUUUUCUCCUCUUCUUGGCCUGUAGACAGCAAACUGGCUGCUGAGCUCUGCUCUCGAUGGCAGAGUCAUAAAGACAAGCUGCCGUGCAGGUGGCCCAGACUUCCUGCAGAGACAUCCUUACCUCUGGACUUUGGUGCUACACCUGUCAAUGAGAGCAAGGUGAAGACAUUCAUGCUGAAGAAUCCUUCCUCUUCAGUUGUUUCUGUAGAGAUUCGGAUCCUCUCCUUGUACCCAGCUCCCGUGGAGGCCCUGGACCUCCUAACCAAAUGGUUUAAUAUCAGCCCCAUCUCUGUCAACAUCAGCACUACAGAGUUUUCUCUGUUGGCUUCUCCCCCAAAGGCUGGUGAGAGCCUGGAGGACGUGACAGGAAAAGGUGUCCUGCGUCUGCUGCUGCAGCCCUGGGAGAACAGAGAAGUCGCUGUGGUCUUUACUCCCUCUGACCACAAACCCACCACUACCAUUCUUGUCAUCAGGAACAACCUGACGGUGUUUGACAUGAUGAUGGUGCAGGGCCACGGGGCCAAAGAGCUGCUAAAAGUUGGAGGCAAACUGCCCGGUCCAGGAGCCUCUCUGCGCUUCAAUGUUCCUCAGUCAACUCUGAUGGAGUGUCGUGAUGGUCUGCGCACCAACAAACCGCUCUUCGCCAUCAGGAAGAGUUUCAAGGUGGAGAAUGCCGGAGAGCUUCCUCUGACCGUCAUGUCGAUGAAUAUUAAUGGAUAUAAGUGUCAGGGAUUUGGCUUUGAGGUGCUGCAGUGUCGCCCCUUCAGCCUCAGCCACAACACUUCCUCUGAGAUUACCAUCGCGUUUACCCCAGACUUCACCUCAUCCUGGGUCAUCCGGGACCUCACCCUGGUGACUUCACGCGGAACUUCUUUCCCUUUCACCCUCAAUGUGACGCUGCCCCACCACAUGUUGCCUCUCUGCGCUCAGGUGGUUCCUGGUCCGAGCUGGGAAGAAACCUUCUGGGUGGUCACCCUCAUCUUCACAUGCUUCUCCCUGUUUGGUGUGUGUCUGAUGGCCUUCCAUCAGGCCCAGUACAUCCUGAAUGAGUUCUCUACACCCAGUAUCAGGAGCAACCACAACUCUGUCCUGUCUCGGGAUAACGGUCAUGUUAAUAACAUCACACCCAAUGGCGUGAAUAAAACAAAGGGCAGCUGUAAGAGCUACGUGGACACCUGUCACACCUCAGACAAAGGUAAGGGGCGUGGCUCUCCAGCCCUGGCCAAUAGCCCCGCCCAGCGUCCUCAAUCAUCCAAGAAAAGCUCCUCAGUCACCCCAUCCCAAACACAGAAGAAGCAUAAGGUUUCACUGUAUUACACCAAAUACAAGAGCAGCUUGUCCACCACAGCCAAUGAUGCUGUGACGAUGGAUGAAGAGCACGAGGACCUGAUGCCGGACCCUCCUCUGACACUGGACCCUGAUAUCUGCAACAACAAUGAACCAGCGUUCAUCAGUGAGCUGGAUAAAAAGGCACCGGCAGACUUGAAAGAAGACCCCCACAUCACUGUAGAAGAUAGAGUGCCAGCAGCAGUUAUGUUUCCCAUGGAAAUACCUGCUGGUUUUCCAGCUAACGUCACACUGAGUCCAGGACCUAGACCAGGCCUGUUAGUGUGUAGCCCAGUAGAGACGAGCUGCACUGAGCACUAUGCAGAGAAGAUCGAUUCUGAGAAAAGGGACAGUUCUGAAAUGGAGCUAAGAGAAGAUGGGAAAGGCCAGAAAAAGAAAGCAGCACAGAGUGCUGAAACUGGCUCUGCUUCAGGAAAUAAUAAGGGAAAGCGGAGUCGCAGGAAGACAGAAAAUGUCUCCAGUGCUCCUGAGCACAAUGUCGUAGUGAUGCCAGAGAGGGAGAAAGAACCUGACUGGAAAUCAGGGGACCGUAACAUCAGUGGAACCAGCAACAGGAACCGCUGCUGCAACGGCUCCAAGUCUGAAGCACCAAAGCCCGGACAGAGCACUGAGAGCCCCCUCAAACAGAACGGUGUGUGUCCCGCUCGUACUCGACGGAAGUGCGCCACAGAGCGGCGUGGUGGUGGAGUAUGCGAGUCCGGCUCGGACUCCGGCAGCUCGUCGGGCAGCGUGAGGGCCAGCAGGGGGAGCUGGGGCAGCUGGAGCAGCGCCAGCAGCAUGGAGGGCGACAAAGACGCCAGCGCCCGAACACAUGCCUGCACUACCUCAUCUAGAAAAAGGGACUCCAUGCAGUACGGCGUCUACCCAGUAGAGCGGGACUGCUACCAGAACAUGAAUACAAACUACAAGGCUCUCAGCAUGAACAGCUUGUACCGUAAAGAACAGUGCCAAAGUCAGGAUCCCCCAGCGCCCAACUUCACCCCCAGUUUUGCUGCUGUUGCUGCAGGAGUGGACAUGAACAUGGAGAAAGACAUUCAUAAUCUGACAGGUCAGUAUUUGCCUGAAGAGACGUGGUCGGCUCCAUCCAUCCCUCUCACCAACGAGUUCAGAUACAACACCACCGAAGCUCUGCCCUACAUACCUCAGCCAGCAACCACCGCGUCCUACAACAGGUUUACUUGGAGCAGUGCCAACAGCCAGUGCAACAGCCCUUACACCUACUGUGAGGAAGGCAACUACAUAGGCAACGGAACAUUUCCGAGCGGUUUUCCCGGUCAGGAGAGCCAGAACGCUGCACACUGCAGCCAGAGCAGCUGGAGUGAGGAACAGCCUCAGGAAUCACCCUCAACCUGGGACACGGCAGCCUGUGUGGGCAGCAAGCCAUACUUCUCUGGUACCCGCAGCCUCUCCCCCAUGUCCAGUCUGUUCGGAUCCAUCUGGACACCGCAGAGCGAGCCCUACCAGAGCCACUUCCACCCGGAGCGAUCGGCCCCGAUGUCCCCCGUGUCCCCCAUCACCCCGCCUCAUUCCCCCUUCAGCAGGGAGCCAGAGGGGCGGUGCGCUCCCAUCCAGUACUCCAGCUUCAACCCGUUCGGCCCUCACAUGAACCUGGACAUAUGGAACUCUUCCUCCAACCGCAGCUCCAACUCACAACUCUCCAACGACUCCGGCUACUGUGGAGACGUUUAAAAGAAACAAAAAAGUAUAAAAACAUGGUUGACCUUAUAAACAAAAAAAAAAACAAAAAACAAAAUGGCAGACCUAAACAAUAAUUGCAAACAUAUAAAACAUUGAUAUGUAAAAGAAAGGAAAUAAAAAUGAAUGUUCUUUUAUCAUUAAUGGGGAAAAUGUGAAUAUUCCUUUUCUUUUAUGUUCCCAUUUUCAAAUGUUAAAUGUUGUGAAAGGUUAAGCAUUUGUUGUAUAUUUUUCUAGAUGUUUUGCAGUUUUGAUCAUAGAAAAUUAAAAAAAAAGGUUUUGUA